GACUUAUUUUUAACAUUAUUAUGACUGAGCGGUUACAACGAAUAUCGCAUGCUUUUAUUUUGAAAAGGUUUGAAGCUAACGUUGAAGUGCUUUGCACGGAAGUAGCUGUGUCCUCUCAGCAGCGCCCCCAGCGGAGGCGAGUGUCCCUGCAGGCGAGCAGUGGCAAAGGACGCUGUCCGCCAUGUCUGAUCGUCGUGCGGAGGACUAGCACGCGCAGAGACCCUCCCUCAUCCCAGGCGGCGGUUAAGGGAGGGGGGCGGGAGGUCGGACCCUCACCACCACCACCACCACCAUGGCUGACAGCGCGGGGAUCCAGCAAGGCUCCCCGGCCAUCGGCGCCGUGGGCUCGGCCCCGGCCGCUCCGGGCCCCGGGGGCGCGGAGGGCUCCGGCGCCGCUGGGGGCUCCGCGCGGAUCUCCGUGAAGAAGGCGCAGCUCCGCUCCUCGCCGCGGCCCAAGAAGCUGGAGAAGCUCGGCGUGUAUUCGUCCUGCAAGGCUGAGGGAGCGUGUAAGUGCAACGGCUGGAAGAGUCAGAACCUGCCCCCCACGCCGCCGUGCAGCGAGCAGCCGCCCGCCAGCGCCAACCUCCAGGAGCCCUGCCGCAGCUGCUCGCACGCUUUGGGCGACCACGUGACCCACCUGGAGCACGUCUCUGAGGACGAGAUCAACCGACUGCUGGGCAUCGUGCUGGACGUGGAGUACCUGAACACGUGCGUGCACAAGGAGGAGGACGCCGACACCAAGCAGGUCUACUUCUCGCUCUUUAAGCUGCUGAGGAAAUCCAUCCUGCAGAUGGGCAAACCCACACUGGAAGCACAGGAGAGCCCGCCUUUCGAACGCCCCAGCAUCGAGCAGGGCGUCAACAACUUUGUCCAGUACAAAUUCAGCCACCUGCCGUCCAAAGAGCGUCAAACCAUCGUGGAGUUGGCCAAGAUGUUCCUCAACCAGAUCAAUUACUGGCAUCUGGAGACGCCCUCGCAGAGGCGCCAGAGACUCCCCAACGACGACGCGGCGGGGUACAAGGCGGACUACACCAGGUGGCUGUGCUACUGCAACGUGCCGCGCUUCUGCGACAGCCUGCCGCGCUACAAAACCACGCAGAUCUUCGGCCGCACGCUGCUGCGCGCCGUCUUCACCGUUAUGAGGAAGCAGCUGCUGGAGCAAGCCCGGCAAGAGAAGGACAAGUUGCCGCCCGAGAAGAGGACGCUCAUCCUCACACACUUCCCCAAGUUCUUGUCCAUGCUGGAGGAGGAGGUGUACAGCCACAGCUCCCCAAUCUGGAGCCAAGACUUUCUGGCAGGGGCUCGGGGGGGACAGAUACCUGUCCACACAGUUAUCAGUGCUCCUCCGGUGGCCUGGCCCCUGUACUACAGCAUCAGCCCAUCAGCGUCCGUGGAUCUCUCUGGCGGCGGAGGAAGUCCUGCCCGGAAAAUCGAGCCUAAUUCAGGUGGCGAGAAGCGCAAACCCUCCGAGCCCCUCCCCCAGGAGGACAACAAGAAGCCCAGGGUGGUGGGCGACAUCCCCAUGGACCUCAUCAACGAGGUCAUGGCGACCAUCGCGGACCCCGCCGCCAUCCCAGAGAACAGCCUCCUCUCGGCCCACUCGGCCCGGGACGAGGCGGCCCGCCUGGAGGAGCGUCGCGGCGUGAUCGAGUUCCACGUCAUCGGCAACUCUCUGAGCCAGAAGCCCAACAAGCGGGUCCUCAUGUGGCUGGUGGGCCUCCAGAACGUCUUCUCCCACCAGCUCCCCCGCAUGCCCAAGGAGUACAUCACCAGGCUCGUCUUCGACCCGAAGCACAAGACGCUGUCGCUGAUCAAGGACGGCCGCGUGAUCGGAGGGAUUUGCUUCCGCAUGUUUCCCUCGCAGGGCUUCACGGAGAUCGUCUUCUGCGCCGUCACGUCCAACGAGCAGGUCAAGGGCUACGGCACCCACCUGAUGAACCACCUGAAGGAGUACCACAUCCAGCACCACAUCCUCAACUUCCUCACCUACGCCGACGAGUACGCCAUCGGAUACUUCAAGAAGCAGGGUUUCUCCAAGGACAUCAAAGUCCCCAAGGCCAAGUACGUGGGCUACAUCAAAGACUACGAGGGCGCCACGCUGAUGGGAUGCGAGCUCAAUGCCAGCAUUCCCUACACCGAGUUCUCCGUCAUCAUCAAGAAGCAGAAGGAGAUCAUCAAGAAACUCAUCGAGAGGAAACAGUCCCAGAUCAGGAAAGUCUAUCCUGGACUCUCCUGCUUCAAGGAGGGAGUGCGGCAGAUUCCCAUCGAGAACAUUCCUGGUAUUCGUAUGUGUCUCCUGUUUUUUGAGUCACCUCUUUUUUCUUUGCUUUUAUUUUUAAAACUGCUUUCAUCAUCAGGUGAAACUGGAUGGAAGCCUCUGAUUAAAGGGAAGGAGGUGAAGGAUCCAGAGCAGCUGUACAUCACACUGAAGAACAUGUUGCAGCAUGUGAAGGGUCACCAGAAUGCUUGGCCCUUCAUGGAACCUGUGAAGAAAACAGAGGCACCAGGUUAUUAUCAAGUCAUCCGCUUCCCCAUGGACUUGAAGACCAUGAGCGAGCGGCUGAAGAGCAGAUACUACACCACACGCAAGCUGUUCAUGGCCGACAUGCAGCGCAUCUUCACCAACUGUCGUGAGUACAACCCCCCCGAGAGCGAGUACUACAAGUGUGCCAACCUGCUGGAGAAGUUCUUCUACAGCAAGACUAAAGAAGCCGGCCUGAUGGACAAGUGAGGAGUGGGAGACAAACACGGCACCUUUCCUUCCUUGCCAUGUGCCACCUAGGGCAGUUUGACUAUCAGAAAGCACUUUGUUCAUUUUUGCCAACUAAAGCAUUUUCUUUCUCUUUCGCCGCAAUUUGACUGCUGUUGACUUCAAAGCUCUGGAGAUAUUUGUGUGCUCUAAUUCGUCAAGUCUUAAUUUAUUCUUUGACAUUUGUACUGCAGUUAGACAACUUUCUACUUUGGAUGAAGAUUGUGCAAUACUCUGUCAUUUCUUGUGUUUUGUAACGGAAAAGAAACAUUUUGUAUGAGACGCCUGCACUUUGAUGCUUUUAUAGACGCAAUAAACAUGACGUCGCGCUA